AGACCGCUGAGAACAUUGGCUACUCGUGUAACCUGCUGAGGGAGGAGAUGAACGACGUGUUUUUUAUUGCAGCUAACUCACCCGAGGAGGUCAGACAGGAGCUGAGAGAUGCCUGUCUAAAGAUGCGUCCUGCUACUGAACAAGACAAAUUCCUUAUUCCUGAGAUUAUCCUGGGUGAUACUCCUAAAGUGGUUCAGGAUGAAAACGUAAAUGGAGACUACGGACUGGUGAUAAAUGGACACAGCCUGGCAUUCGCUCUGGAGAGCAACAUGGAGCUGGAGUUUUUACGGACGGCUUGCAUGUGCAAGACGGUCAUCUGCUGUCGGGUGACUCCUCUGCAGAAAGCUCAGGUGGUGGAGCUGGUCAAGAAAUAUAAGAAAGCAGUCACUCUUGCCAUAGGUGAUGGAGCUAAUGAUGUCAGCAUGAUUAAAGGUGAAUUCAGCUCGACAACAAUAUAG